CGGCCGCUGGUUAUUACAGUGAGUAGCGUGGAGCGGCCGGAGGAUGUAGGCGACGUCUGCUGACAUCUGCACGCCAGCGGUUUCUUUCUCUCGGAGAGCGGAGGACGACAAACAACAACCGCGACGGCCUCGAAAGGACGCCCGGACUCAUGUGACUGGUGGCCGAGGAUUUCCUCUCCCCGGAGCUGGCUGCCAUGAGGGGGCGCUGCUCGCACAAACUGGGUGUGCUGGCCAAGGCGUUCUUCCUGCUGUGGCUGUUGUGGCUGGGGUAUCUCCUCCUUGUCCUCUCCCCCUCCUCCUCCUCGUCAUCCUCCGGCGACACGCUGAAGCUGGAUCGUCGGAAACUCGACGUGGCCGAGCGGGACGUGGGGAAUCUGGCCAAGCCCCUUUACGCCAAGCCGGCGGCAGACGGCAACGCCCCGGGGGAGUGGGGCCGCACGGCGGGCCUCAAACUGAGCCCGGAGGAGCAGGCACAGGCGGAGGACAGCGUGGAGCGCUACGCCAUCAAUAUUUUUGUCAGCGACAAGAUUUCCCUCCACAGACAUAUCAGAGACAACAGGAUGCCCGAAUGCCGCAGUAAACAGUUUGACUACCGCCGUUUGCCCACCACCUCUGUCAUCAUCGCCUUCUACAACGAGGCCUGGUCCACGCUGCUCAGGACCGUCCACAGCGUUUUGGAGAGCACGCCCGACAUCCUGCUCAAGGAGGUGAUCCUCAUCGAUGACUACAGUGACAGAGGUUACCUAAAAACCCAGCUGGCCGAAUACCUCAGUCAACUGCAGCGCGUUCGUCUCAUCCGCACCGUCAAGCGCGAGGGCCUCGUCCGGGCCCGUCUCAUCGGCGCCAGCUACUCCACCGGCGACGUGCUCACUUUCCUGGAUUGCCACUGCGAGUGCGUACCCGGUUGGAUCGAGCCCCUGCUGGAGAGGAUCGAGCAGAACCCCCACACCAUCGUGUGCCCCGUCAUCGAUACCAUCGACUGGAACACCUUUGAGUUCUACAUGCAGCCGGAGGAGCCCAUGAUCGGGGGCUUUGACUGGAGGCUCACUUUCCAGUGGCACGCCGUGCCCGAGCGGGAACGCCAGCGCCGCAAGUCACGCAUCGAACCUCUGAGGUCUCCGACGAUGGCGGGUGGCUUGUUUGCAGUCAGCAAGGCCUACUUUGAGCAACUGGGCACCUAUGACACGGGCAUGGAAGUGUGGGGCGGAGAGAACCUGGAACUCUCCUUUCGGGUGUGGCAGUGCGGCGGCAGCCUGGAGAUCCACCCCUGCUCUCACGUGGGUCACGUGUUCCCCAAGAAGGCUCCGUACGCUCGGCCUAACUUCCUGCAGAACACGGUGCGGGCCGCCGAGGUGUGGAUGGACGACUACAAGCAGCACUUCUACAAAAGGAACCCGCCCGCAAAAAAGGAGAACUACGGCGACAUUUCAGAGCGCCUUCAGCUCCGAGAGCGGCUGCAGUGCAAGUCUUUCCAAUGGUACCUGACCAACAUUUACCCGAACCUGCACGUACCCGAAGACAGGGAGGGCUGGCACGGAGCUGUGCGCAGCUCGGGAAUUCGCUCGGAAUGUCUGGACUACAACGCCCCGGAUAACAAUCCCACUGACUCGUACCUCUCGCUGUUCGGCUGUCACGGUCAAGGAGGCAACCAGUACUUUGAGUACACAUCCCGCAAGGAAAUCCGAUUCAACUCUGUGACGGAGCUGUGCGCCGAGGUGCCCGAGGGCCAGACGGCCAUCGGCAUGAGGCAGUGCCCCGGUGACCGCGAUGCCACGCCGGCGUUAGCCAUGUGGGACUUUCGAGACGACAAAAGCAUCUACCAUCCCCAGUCGAACAAGUGCAUCACGGCCUACCGCACACCCGAGGGCCGCGCCGAUGUCCAGAUGAGGCCCUGUGAUCCACUUGAUCAAAACCAGCACUGGAAGUUUGAGUGGUAGAUGCCGGCGGGUGAAGCAGCUUCCUCUCUUUCUCUCUCUCGACUAUCAAGGGAAAUAAGAGGAUUCCCUCCUAUUUAGUGAUGUUGUUAUUUCUGCCCCCGUGUGCUGCAGCGAUGGAAAAUGCUGACAUUCAGCCGCUGCGUAGCAUCGAAGUGCCUCUGGAAAACUGACAAAGCUCACAAAGUGCGCGCCUGCACUUAUUCAAACCAGCAGAGGGGGCCACCUGUGGCAAAAAAACCCCGUUACUUCCAGUGUUGCCACUGAGAAACCGUUUUGUCCGUCCAUUCACACAUCAAUUUUCUGAUCCGCUUUUCCUCACAAGCUGGCGCCUAUCCUAGCUUUCAUCAGGCAGUAGGCGGGGGAUACUGAACUGAACCAAUCGCAGGCCACACAUGGACGAACAGCCAUUCAUGGUCACACCCACAUCUUGGGACAAUUUAGAGUGUUCCAUUAACCUACCAUGCAUAUUUUUGGAAUGCGGGAGGCAAAAGGAGUACCCGGAGAAAACCCACGCAGACACGGGGAGAGCAUGCAAACUCCACACAGGAAGGCUGCAGCCGGAAUCUAACCAUACACUUCUGCACUGUGAGGCUGAUGUGCUAACCAGUUGACCACCGGCCUGUUGUAUCCGUGUUUUAUCCGUGAAUAGCAAAAAAAAAAAAAACCACAUAAAAUAGACACCUAUUGUAAAUGCAUUGUGAAAAGCUAAUGUCAGUCAUUUUUAAACCUCCCCCUUAAAACAAUGUAUUGAAAAAAAACCCACCAAUAACCCCCCGCCCCCAAAAUAUAUAUAUAUUUAUAUAUAUGUAUUUAUAUAUAUAUAAUAUAUAUAUAUCCAGCACCCCCCCGAGACCCUAGUGAGGAUUAAGCGGUUUGGAAAAUGGAUGGAUGCAUAUAUACAUAUAUUUUAAUGUUGAAAAAAUACUGAAGUGGUAAAGGUGGUGGUCUUGCCCUAAGGCAGCUAUUUCCUGACAUCACAUGAGUGGGAGCAAAAACAUUCGCGUACUGACCAUUCCACAUUUUUAACACUAACAAGUGCAAUUUUUUUCCUGGGAGAAUGAUCCAGACUGAAUCUCUGCCUUUUUGAAAGGGUGCCAGCCUCUGAGAUUUCAUGCCUUUUCAAUGUGAUUAACGACAACAUGAGUGUUGGAUGACUUAAGUCGCUGUUUGACUUAAAACUCGACUCUGUUGGACGUUAUCAUGUCUGACUAUACUUGAAGUAGAUAUUAAAAAAAAAAAAGGAAAAAUAACAGGUGGCUUUUGUUUUGUCUCUGGAAUAUUGUCGUCGAUUUUGAGGGACAACCUUGAUGUAAGCACUCUUGAAACUACUGAUGCAAUGCAGGGAUUACUUGAUUUGAAGGGAAGGAAUUAAAAACUUUUAAUGAU